AUGGUUGGGAGAAGGAAUUCUACAAACGUGACCAAUUUCAUCCUGCUGGGAUUCUCUGAGCAUCCACAGCUGCAGGGGCUCCUCUUUGGGGUGUUCUUGGCGAUUUACCUCAUGACCUUAAGCUGGAACCUUGGCCUCAUCACCCUAAUCAGGACCACCUCCCAUCUCCACACCCCCAUGUACUUCUUCCUCAGUCACCUGUCCUUUGUAGACAUCUGCUACUCUUCCUCCGUGGUCCCAAAAAUGCUCUCCGACUUCUUCAAGGAGCAGAAAACCAUCUCUCUUGUGGGUUGUACCGUUCAGUGUUUUGUCUUUGUUGACAUGGCAGGCACAGAGUGCUGCCUCCUGGCUGCUAUGGCAUACGACCGCUAUGUCGCCAUUUGUGACCCACUGUGGUACCAGGCCACCAUGACUCCGACCUUCUGUGCUCAGAUGGUAGUCUCUGCCCAUCUGGGGGGAUUCCUCACGAGCUUGGUCGAAACGAGCUCCAUAUUCCAGCUCCGUUUCUGUGGACCAAACGUUAUCCAUCACUUCUUCUGUGACCUGCCUCCCCUCCUGGACUUGUCCUGUUCCAAUUCCUUUAUCAGUAAAGUGGUGAACUGGCUGAUGGUUUUCAUUACUGGGGGGAUAUCGGGGCUCAUUGUUCUCAUCUCCUAUUUAUAUAUCAUUACCACCAUGGUGAAGAUCCGUCCUGUCAAAGGGAGAUCAAAGGCAUUCAGCACCUGUGCCUCUCACCUGAUGGUCGUCACCCUCUUCUAUGGCACUGGCCUCUUUGCAUACCUCCAUCCCAGUGGCAGUCAUUCCACGAACCAAGGCAAAGUGGCAUCCGUGUUCUAUGGAGCCAUGAUCCCCACGUUGAACCCUAUCGCUUAUAGCCUGAGAAACAAGGAGAUCAAAGAGGCCCUGAUGAAGCUGAAGGAGGCUAUCGAUCAGUGGUGCUAG